ACCUUGCCACUGUGCCUGCAGCCUGGUCAGAGAGGAAGAUGAACCGUUCUCAGGCUAUGAAGUCCUGUGUGCUCAUCGUUCUUGUGGUCCUACUAUAUACAGAAAGAGCUCAGGGGUUGAAGUGCUACAAUUGCCUGGCAGUCCCAUAUGAAACUUCCUGUGCAUCAACUACCUGCCCCUACUCUGAUGGAUUCUGUGUUACUCAGGUGGUAGAAGUUGUUGUGGAUUCUUACACAAGCAAAGUAAAGAACAACAUGUGCCUUCCCAUCUGCCCUGCUAAUCUGAAAAAUGUUGAGAUCCUGGGAACUACCGUCAAGGUGAAUACGACCUGUUGCAAGGCAGACCUCUGCAAUGCAGCCGUUCCCACUGGAGGCAGCACCUGGACCAUGGCAGGGGUGCUUCUGUUCAGCCUGGGCUCAGUCCUCCUGCAGACCUUGCUGUGAUGGUCCUUCCAACGACCCCACCCUUGUCCUUUUAUCCUCAUGUGCAAGCACUCCUUCCUGGAGCCCUCUAGUGAUGACUUAUAAGUUAUAGAAGCUCUAAGGUGAGGGUAGUGUGUGGAUCACGUUGUUUCAACUUUAUAGCCCCUCAUGGGUAGAUGCCCCACUGCUCUCCAGGGCUUUCAGAUCUGUACUUCCUGGAAUGCCAUUUUGUUGUGGCUUGCUGCUCUUGACCCUGGAGGUGCAUGCCAGCACCUGGAAGAGCCAGAAUUCCAAGGUAUUAUGCCAUCACCAUCCACACAUAAGCAUCUGGGGUCCUGCAGGGUUGCCAUGUGUGUCACUAAUGUCCCCUGUUGAAUACAAUAAACCCUUUGUUCUCUCAG